AUGGACAGCGACAGUGGAGGAUCGCCUUCCAGCCAGGGCUCCAGCUCCAUGGCCGGAGGAGGAGGUGGCUUUGGUGGCCUCUUCAGAUCGAGUGGACCGGGCUACUCAAACUCCGAGCUCGCUGGAGUGCCGUUGACAGGAAUGAGCCCCCUCUCACCAUACCUAAAUGUUGACCCCAGAUAUCUGACUCAGGAUGCAGAUGAGUUCAUUUUGCCCACUGGUGCCAACAAGACCAGAGGGCGCUUUGAGUUGGCUUUCUUCACAAUUGGAUCAUGCUGUAUGACAGGUGCUCUGUUUGGGGCCAUCAAUGGACUUAGAAUGGGACUGUCUGAAACCAAGAAUAUGGCCUGGUCUAAACCUCGCAAUGUACAAGUGCUAAACCUGGUGACCCGUCAGAGUGCUACAUGGGCAAAUACCCUGGGCUCACUUGCGCUGUUGUACAGUGUCUUUGGUGUGGUCGUAGAGAAGGCCAGAGGAGCGGAAGAUGACCUCAACACUGUGGCUGCUGGCACGAUGACUGGUAUGCUUUAUAAAUCCCCAGGGGGUGUGCGUGGAGCAGUUCGUGGGGGUGUUGUCGGCCUGGUGCUUUCAGGACUGUAUGCCCUAUACAAUAACUGGGACCACCUGAAAGGCUCCCACACUCGCUACUGAGCCAGGAGCAACUACAGUUGUCAUUCAGUGCUGCUAGAUGCUGAAAGCCUGUCCUACAGAACUCUUCAUUCUGAAUCUUUGAUGGUACCGAGGCUUUGAUGAGAUCAAGCAUUUAAAUUUGAGUUCAUGCAGAUUAAUAUAAUUCUAAACUGCUGAUUUUGUUGACUUUGAAAGUGCUAAUAGUAAUUUGUAUUUCUUCUUAUUUUUUCUUUGUUUUCAUUUAGUAUAAUUCAUGUGCUGUGUUGAAUUUCUGGUAUGAAUACAAGACAAAUGCUUUUGAAUGCUUUGGAAAUCCAUUUAUGACAUAACAGACCAUUGUACUGCAUUAAGUUUAAGACAAUAUAAUUGAUAAAUGUUUUCUGAAUUAAGUGCGUCCUAAAUCAAAACAUUUAGGCUUAUUUUAUGGCGUUUGGCAGCCAGUAUUAUUGUUUUACACAGGUAGGCGAAGGCAGUGUUAGGAGUCUUGCCCAAGGACUCUUAUUGGUAUGGUGUAGGGUACUUGCCCAGGGAGGGAAUUGAACCCCAGUCUAGAGGGCAGAGGUGUUAUCCACUACACUAUACCAACCUAUACCAGGCUUAUGUAAACAAAACCGUGACUUAUAAAUAUCUAUACAGAUCAUUUAGUCAGGCUUUCAGUUUACAUACACCUGGACUAAAAACAUUCAAACUCAAUUUUUUACAAAUCCACACAACUCAUGCUACAUAUAUUUCCUGUGUUAAGUCACUUAGGGUAUGUCCAUUUUUUUUUCAUAUGUAAAAUAAUAGCUAAAUAGCAAAAUAAUAAGAGACAGAUUUACAUUGGGUUUUACAAGUUUACAUGUACUGUGUUAGUAGAGCUUUGUGAUAGUGACCCUGAUACUUUCACAUUGUUGUCUUUAAGCCAUUGUGUCACAACUGUGUAGGAGUGUUUAGGAUUGUUGGGCCUCAUUCACCAAUAUCUAAUAAGACUAGUAAGUUGUUUCUUAAAUUUGUUCUUGAGAAAGGUCCUAAAAAGUCUGUCAGAAUUAUGACAUGUUCUUAAACCACAGAACUGUUCACACCUUUUAUCAAACCCAAUUAAUACAAGCAUGGAGCAACUGAUAAGGAGGAAAUGACCUGUUGUAAAAUAGAACAUGUCUCUUGGAAAUGAUCAAAAAUAUUAAUUGUUGGAUUCAAAGGUCACUUGGUGAACCUUUAUUAUGUAACCUAUCGCUGUUGUCGGAACAAAACCUCGUCUCUCCAAAAUGGUAACUUUACAGGAGAAGGAAAAACAUACUUUACUUUGAAUUUAAGUCAAUGGACCCAGACAUUUAUCCAAGUCAUUAUGGGACAUUUCUUUUGGCCCAUUCAUCAUGAACUUUACACACAACAUAAAGAGCAACAGGCUUUUUCAUAUUAUGUCAAAAACUGAAAAACAUCAAAAAUGUAGAUACAAUGUUUUGUCCCGACAGUAGUGCUAUAUUAAUACAUCUGAUAUUAGAUCAAUUUUUGUUCUUUAAUAAAUAUCCCCUAUAUCAACUCUUUUGGAGAAUCAUAAAGAACUUGAGUUGGACAGUUGCUGUGGCUGGAUUAGAAAGGAAAUAUUGACUAUGAGGUUAAAUUGUACAGCGUCAGCUGUAAUUCAGGUGUAUUUACUGUUUUGAGUGAACAAGGAAUCACAACCCAAUAAUACAGUCCUCAACCCCAUUUCAGUGCAUUAAAAAUACAAGGACAAGUGA